GUGCCGAGCUGCGUCGUCCGGAUAUGAGAGGAGUUCUGUUCCACCCUCCGCUGCUGCAGCCCGCCCAGCCUCGUCCCGCUCGCACAGUCUCAACACAGAACUCGGCUGGUUUUCAAAGAUGUCUUUGAGUGAAAAAAGUGAUGAGGAGAUCAGCAAGCUGCUCACUGAGUAUGGCAUCAAACAUGGACCUAUAGUGGACUCCACUCGAAAGCUGUACGAGAAGAAGCUUGAAGUGGCCAUGGAGAACGCUCCGGUGGAACCCUCGUCUGAUAAGACCUACUACAGGGAGGAAGCGGAGGAGAUUACCUACAUCACAUACCACAGUCCGGUCAGACAAGAGCCAGACAUGCUGAAACGAAGAGGCAACGUGGAGCCAGAUGAGGACGAGGAAUCGGACCAAGAAACAGAGCCCCCUGUCCAGACCGCCAACAGAACAGCCAAUCACAGCACAGUACGAUCCAGGGAGCUGGACAGAAAGUCCGGAGGCGGUGCGUGGAAGGUGAUCCGGCUGCUGCUGCUGUUCACCGUGUUAGGGGCUGCCCUCUACUACGCCUACUGCCAUGUGAUGAUAAACGAUGAGAACCCCUUUAAAUUCCAAUGAUCUGAUUGGUUGUGAGGAUGUCGGGGUUUCUUCUCCAUCAAUGUCAGCAGAGAGAACACACAGUUUGAUCACAUUCCAUUAACCUUUGAAAUGCUCUAUGUUUCUUAGUGUCACCAUGUCAGUGAAAUUAACACUACCAGACAAAUUAUCCAAAGUCUGAUCCAUCAUGUUCCUCUGUGUCAUCAGUGUUGCCCCAUUCAUAUUUGGGGGGGGGCGUCUAUUAGCCCCGUCUAUCAAGUUUUGCGUCUCUGAAUGUUUAGCUCUUAUUAAAUUAUUUAUCUUUUAAAGUGCAUUCAAAAUCGCAGCAAGACGCACUUCCAAGAACCGCACUAUGUCUGACAAAAAACAAAGCGGUCAAAAAUAUAUAGAACUCCAUUGUUGUCCAAAAGCUGUUAGAAACGCAUCAGUGAGCUACUCUGUUGCACUAGGUAACAUGUUCGUUAGUUACCAUGAAUACACACGAUGUAGUUUAUUUUUACUAGAUCACCAAAUGUGUCUUACUGCACAAUAAAUGCACUAUUUCCUCCAGUUUAAGUAAAAACUGACAGCCAGUAAAGAUUUCCAUCUCCAGUAGGAACCAGUGGGCUUGUUGAGAGUUUUGGUCCUUUCAUGGGGUUUAUUGACAAUGAGAGAAAUACAAAAUAUUGCUAGCUUCUCUUUUAAUUUCUUUGCUUUCUUUAAGGCAUGUUUUCCUUCUAUUUGUAGUUUUUGUAUUUGAUUUGAUUUUACAUAUGUGAGAUGUUCUUACUUGUGAAAUAUACAUGAUGUCGUGUGGCACAACAGUUUGGGGACGUUUUUAUUUCCAAGCUGUCCUCUUCGUGUCCAGUCAAAAACCAAAGGCUGAUGACUACCCAAAUGUGUUGAAUAAAAAC